UGUUCAAUUGCCCACCACAUAAAAGAUAAUUCCUCCGUGUGCCAUGCCCAAACGGACCAUCAUUCCAUCCAACCAAUUCCACUAAUAAACCUCCCUUCCCUUCCCCCUUCGACUACCGGGGACCCUUCCACCCUCACCCACCAUGGCGACCACCUACAAAACCGCGUAUCUCCAGCUCUACAACUUCCUCUCCCUGCUCGCAUGGUUCGCCGUGCUGGUGCGCGUGGUGCUGAUUACGCAGGUCGCAGGUUGGCGGCAUGUGUACGAGGUGAAUGAGGAGUUUGUGCGGUGGACGCAGAGCGCGAUGAUGUUGGAGAUUGGACACGUGCUAUUCGGCUUCGUCCGCUCCGCCCUCCUCACCACGCUGAUACAAAUCGGUUCCCGCAUCCUCCUCGUCUGGCCGAUCGCCUAUUGGAUCCCCAGCGCGACCUCCACGAACCCCUUCUAUGUGACCAUGCUGCUCGCGUGGAGCAUCACCGAAGUGGUGCGGUACGCGUACUUCGUGUUCCAGCUCUCCGGGCGGGGUGUGCCUGGGUUUAUCCAAGGGUUACGGUACAACACGUUCUUCAUCCUCUACCCGCUCGGCAUCGUCUCCGAGUGCGCGUGCAUCUACUCCGCCAUCGCCGAUGCGGGGAACCUGCAUCCGGCCCUCCCCGCGGCGCUGUAUGCAAUUCUGGCGAUCUAUGUGCCCGGGAGCUAUGUCAUGUAUACGCACAUGAUGAAGCAGAGGCGAAAGGCGGCGAGGGGGAAGCAGAAGAUUUGAAGGAAGGAGACCAGAGGCCCAAAAUAUGACGGUUCUGGUGGGCUUGGUGGUGCCAGAGAUGUGAUCUUGGGUGUGGUUGAAGACUGAUUUAGAGAGGCAAUAUAGGUCGAUUUGCGACUGCAACCAAUGAACCCUUGGAUGACUUGGGAACAUGGCACCAGCCGGGUUAGAAAAGCAUUCACGGCAUUGGUACAGUACGAUGCAGUCCUCGAGGCUACCGAAGCGCGAUUCACGUCACUGUACAGACGGCAGAUAGAGGAUAGAUAUAGUAAUAAGUUGAAUAUAUUGGAGGAGUGAGGGUC